AUGGGUUCUUUAGCCGUCGGACAGGACACCUUCCUAGAUCAUGCCGGCGAUCGUUCCGUUUAUUCACGCUCCAAGUGCAAUUAUUCGUACACGUCUCGCGAUGGCGAGACAAACGGCAGAAAGGGAGAUUUACCCAGGUUUGGCAAACCGUUGAACAAUCUCACAGUCUCGGUGGGUCGCGAAGCCAUUUUCACCUGCAUCGUCGAGGAUCUCGGACCAUACAAGGUAGCGUGGCUACGUGUCGAUACGCAGACGAUUCUGACGAUAGCAACUCACGUUAUUACGAAGAAUCAUCGGAUCGCUGUGACACAUAGUGGCCAUCGUGCGUGGUCUCUGCACAUAAGGGAAACGCGCAAGACCGACAGCGGUUGGUACAUGUGCCAGGUUAAUACUGAUCCGAUGUCCAGCAUCACUGGAUUUCUCGAAGUCGUUGUGCCACCGGACAUCCUGGACUAUCCCACCAGCACGGAUAUGGUGGUGCGAGAGGGUAGCAACGUGACGCUACGAUGCGCGGCAACAGGAACACCGGAGCCGACGGUCACGUGGCGUCGUGAAGCGGGUGGCACGAUCAGCUUGUCGAACUGGCAGGCGGGGAGUAUCGUGGGUCCAGAGCUGGAAAUAACACGAAUCACGCGUCUCCAUAUGGGACCGUAUCUCUGCAUAGCGUCCAACGGGGUGCCACCAACAGUCAGCAAACGGAUCCUCCUCACUGUUCACUUUCAGCCAAUGGUUUGGAUUGAGAAUCAGCUAGUGGGUGGUUACGAAGGACAAACUGUUACGUUGGAAUGCCGUAGCGAAGCUCAUCCCAGUCCUAUCACAUAUUGGACGAAGCCAUCGAACGAAACUAUUGCCAAUGACGAAAACUAUAAGGUCGAAACAAUUCCUAAAGGAUUGUAUGAAAUACUUAUGAAGCUCGUGAUAAAAUCUGUACGCGCACAGGAUUUCGGUACCUUUCGAUGCGUGGCGACAAACUCCCUCGGAGAGACCGAUGGAAAGAUAAAACUUUACAGGAUCGAUAAGCCGCCAACGACGCGCAAACCAGGCUCAAGGCGUGAAUCGAAGAAAACAUGGAAGAUGGAUCACAAUCAUGAGAAGAAAGCUAUCGGUAUGAAAGACGAGCCAAUGUUAAAGGGCGACGAUAUUGGUGAUGAGCAAAUUGAUUUUCAAUCGGCGACGGCUUCAUCGUCGUUUCAUCGUCAUUUAUUUAUGAAUUUCGGGAUAACCACCAUGACUGUGAUAUUGGCCGGUGGUUUAUCCACGUAG